GUUCUGCACAAGAACCUUUUUCUGGCAGAAAACUCCUUUUAACAGUAAGAAAAUCACUGAGUGAUAGUCAUAUGCAUCUGAGUACAGCAACUGAACACAAGAUGGCAACAUCGGACAUGAAAUGACCAGCAGUACUGUCGCUUUAAUUAUAGCACAUAUAAAAUUCUGUGUUGUCAAAAUUCUUUCAGUUGAGUCCAGUUUUAUUUAGUUGUUCACAGCAACAAUUCCCCUCACGGCACUUUCUACUGCAGCUUUAAUGAAAAAAAACCUCAUUUUAACCAACCAUUUAAAACCUCACUCACUUAUUUACGACACUUGGCAAUGGCGGGAAGGAAAAACUCUUUUUUAAUAUGGAAGCGACCAACAAAUCUAGCUUCAUUGAGGGACAGCUAUCUGCUACCAUAUGGUGGGAGGUUGAAGGGAACGAGAAGAGGAAAAAAAGGAGAGCAUAGCGAGAAAAUGUCUCUAAUUCCAGGCCAAAUAAAAUAAAUAGUAUCCAUCGUGUUUAUUAGAGAAUCGGGAUAAUUGUUCGUUGCUGCAACAGUUUAGAAUAAGAUAGAAACUCGACUCUUUAUUUACAGAUUAUUUAAUGCACACCUGCACCCUAGAAUGCUUCAAAGAGAAAAUACAAAGACAAACUGCAACUUUAAGAUAUGGAAAUAAAUAAGUUAAAUAAAUAAUAAAGGGCUAAAAAGAAAACAAAAAUAAGAAUAAAUGGUACUGCACCUUAAGUAAAAACCAGGGUGAGAUAAAAGAGAUACCCACUCAAGUGGAGUCCCUUUGGUUGUUGAUGCCACAGUGGCUAAACGUGGAUCCCCCAUGCACUGAAAAUGGUGUGUGUUAAAUAAUGGUGUCAAUCACUAAUUCCCAAGCCAAAUCUGAGGCACCAGUGCAGACCCAAGACAGGCAUUCCUGAGAUUACAUCUCUCACCUGGCCUGGGCUGAGCUGGGUAAGGAGCAGGUGACCGAUCAUCAUGUCUCAGGCUGCCUCCUCUGAUGCUGACCCCUCCACAGACCCCACCCCUCCACCUGUUCAGCCCCCCGACCCUGUUCCCAGCCUCGGUCAGGAUGUACCAUCAGCCGGUACACCCCCAGCAGAUCCACUGCAGCCUCUUUUCUCCCCUGAGAGUUUUGAUCAGUCCAAAGAGCAGUCGACCACAGAGAACACCACCACCUCUGAGACAUUAGAGGGUCAGGCUGACCAACCAGAGUCUCCUGCAGAGAGUCAGAUGACUGAAUGUGACCAACCAGUGAGCCUGGAGCCAGACACAGAGGCUGCAGAGGAAGAUGUGGAGAAGUCCCUCCUGGACAAAGAAAAAGGUUGGGGAGCUUGGAGUUCAUGGGGAAAAUCUCUUCUGACCACUGCCACCUCCACAGUGGGUCAAAGCCUGACCUCAGUAAAGGUGAAGGCAGGAGAGGCACUUCGUCUCCACAGAACCUCAGUUGGAGAGGAGGCACAGGAAGAGGAGGAGGGAGUGGAGGAGAAGACAGAAGGAGGAAUCGAAAGCAGAGAGAUUGACCUGUCCAACUCCGGGGAGUCGUCUUCUCCUACUGCAGCCACAGCUUCUAGCAGGGGCGUUUUCUCUACAAUCACACAUGCCGUACAAAACACUGGUAAGUCAGUGAUCAGUGGAGGCUUGGAUGCCUUGGAGUUCAUUGGAAAGAAGACCAUGACUGUUCUUGCAGAGAGUGACCCGGGUUUUAAAAAGACCAAAACUCUGAUGCAAAAGACCGCGUCACUUAGUCAGAUGUUGAAGGAAGCCAAGGAGAAGGAGCGGGCCCGUCUGAGUAACCAGCCUAUCAGUGCUCCCACAGCUCACUACGGUAUUCUUUUUGAUGACUACCAGGGCUUGUCACACCUGGAGGCCCUGGAGAUUCUGUCCAAUGAGAGUGAAGCAAAGGUUCAAGCCUUCCUCUCCUCCCUGACCGAAGAGGAGCAGGAGGAGGUGAAGAAGGAGCUGAUUUACAUCAAGGAGAUUUUCAUCAAGCAAGAGGAAGAGGAGGAUGUGGAGACAGAAGGAGGAGGACAGACGAAGGAUAACGGUGAUCUUAGUUCCCAAUUACACUGUUCUACCCCCUUAUCUGCUGAUGGCGAGGAGUUUGUGAGUGUUCUCACCGAGCUGCUCUUUGAACUUCAUGUUGCCGCCACGCCGGACAAACUCAACAAGGCUCGAAUGAGGGCCCAUGAUUGGGUGAGCAAGGUGGAACAACCUGUCACUACAGAGACAGUUGGCAGGGAAACGCAGGACCAGCCAGGAGGAGAGGAGAACAAAAAGGAAGAGAAGAAGAAAGACGGAGAAGAGCUGGGGGAGAAGAAGGGCGAGGAGGAGGAGAUGAAAGGAGGAGAAGAGGCAAAGGAGAGCGACCCCAUAUCUGUAGAGGCCAUCUACCUGUCAUCGGUCAGCAGUCUGGCAGAAGUGACGGCUCGCAGCAUCGAGCAGCUCCACAAGGUGGCGGAGCUCAUCCUCCACGGCCAGGAGCAAGAGAAACCAGCCAGAGACCAGGCACACGUCCUCACCAGGUUGACAUGUGCCAUGUGUAAGGAGGUGGAGUGUUUGGCCAAGAAGUUCUCUGAUACGCUGCUCGAUGUUGGGGGCCAGAGGAAAGCAGAAGAGCUGAACCCACUGGUAGAGAGUGUGCUGCUAGAGGGCUCCAAUAGCACCAACUACAUCCAGAAUGCAUUUCAGCUGCUGCUGCCCAUCCUGCAGAUCUCCCACAUCCAGAGCCAACACUGCCGACCCGCCACAGAGGCCGCAGCACAGAUUCAGCAUUAACACUGCCUGUGCAACUGCCUGCCAGUGUGUCUAUUGUUGUACAGUAAAGUAUAGAGAAUAGAGUCACCAGAACAAGUGCUUUAAUCUACACUAAGUGCCAAAUAGUAACAGAACACAGAGAAUAUCAUCAGGAAGAUACCAGCUUAACUGACACACGUAGUGGUAGCUCGCAUACGUUUUGUUUGUGUGUUUGUGCCACGUUGUGUUACUUUGCCUGUUUUGCCGUUGAUGUUUUGCUUUAAGAAACCAAAAUGACGUCCACGCCUCAAAACCAAAAAACAGAAUAUUACUGAUUGUACUGAUCAAACUCUAUAUUAUUGUACAUUGAGCUUUCUUUGCACAACAGGAAAAAACAUAGACUAACACUAGUAGAGUGUCUGUUGUGUUGACUGUUUAAUUGCAGGUUAAGAUAAAAUACCAGCGUCAGUGAUUAUAUAUAGUAAUAUCAUACUUAUUUUGUUUUCUGUGUUAAAUUAUAUGAAACAACACUACCUUAUAUUUUAUUUCCAUCUUUUGUUGUGAACAUUACUAAUGUGAUGUCGGUUAAUUAAUUUCUGUUUGCGUCUUGUUGUUGGACUGAAUUAGAUGAGCGAUACCACUCUCUACGCUAAAAGUGAAACCACAGCCUUUUGAAGGGAAUCGGCUAGUUUGGCUGCACCAAAACCAAACAGUGUGAAAUACAGCAACAAAAUAACAAUAAAACAUUUAAUUACCCCAGUAAAACAAAAACUGUCUGUUUUGGGGGGGUUUAUUAAUUCAAACUUUUAGAGACAUUUUUUGUGGAAGUAAAUAGUGAACACUUGUGUUAUGUAUCACCUUUUAAACACUAUCAUUCAUUUAGUGAAUUUUGACUCUUUAAACUCUGAUUUUGGCUUUUGCUAAAUCCUAAAGGGGACAUUGAGCUCUUUAGCCGGAAUUACUCCAUCAUGUGCAUCUGUUUGUUGCUAAACAAUGAGCUAACUCAUUGUUCACUCACUUUAAAGGUUAUUGAAACACGAUAGGUAGAUGUGGAUUGUAUAACUCGCACACAGCAAUCUUUGCUGAAACGGAGUGUAACUUCUGAUUCUUUGGUUAUAAAUAUGCAUUAAAACUGCCUCACUCUGCAAAA